GGCGGCCGACUUCCGGCGCGGGUGCGGGUGGGCGCACGCGGCCGCGCUCCGGUUGACUGUGGAGCCAUGGAGGGCGGCUUCGGCUCGGAUUUCGGGGGCUCCGGCGGUGGGAAGCUGGACCCAGGGCUUAUCAUGGAGCAGGUGAAAGUGCAGAUCGCCGUGGCCAACGCACAGGAGCUGCUGCAGAGGAUGACGGACAAGUGCUUCCGGAAGUGCAUUGGGAAGCCGGGGGGCUCCCUGGACAAUUCCGAGCAGAAGUGCAUCGCCAUGUGCAUGGACCGCUACAUGGACGCCUGGAACACCGUGUCCCGUGCCUACAACUCGCGGCUGCAGCGAGAACGAGCCAACAUGUGACCGCGACCCGCCUGCAGGCCACCCCCUCACCCCUUCCCCCUCCUGUUCGCAUAAAUGCUGUUUGUGAGGCGGGGGCCAGCCUGUGCGUACUGCCUGCCACAAGUUUCCGAGGACGAGACUGGUGCCGGUACAGUCGGGACUCUGCCCGUCCCUCCCCUCCGCGCACACCUGCCAGCGAGUGUAGUCUGGUCGGGGGCCCUGGAACUUAAAGUACUGGCUCCUCCGGCAUCGCCCCAGGUGCGCCUGAUACCGAGUUAAGGCCUGUGGACUCUGCCCGGACCCUGGCCUGGUAGGGGAGGGUUCUUUUCCCGUUGGGGUUCGAGUAGGUGAUAAAUGAUAAUGAGGCUGAGGUUAACAGCAUAAAUUUUACUCAGUGACCAAAGCUUGGAGAAGAGGGAACAAAGUUCACCAAUCAACUUCUCGUCCACGUGGCGAGAGGGAUUUUAUUUUAAAGACCAGAGGGUGGGGGGUGAGGCUAGGAUCCGCUGGCGUAUACGUUAGUCUACGGGUAAAGAGCCGGGCUUUUUCCGACGGAGGGGGUUGCCACCCCAUUUUUAUCUUUUUUGGUCCGUAUCUGGUCCUGGCUGCCCGUGGGUGUGUCAUUUAAUGUUCUGACGUAGUAAAGUCAUACAGUGAGA